UUUAUCUUAUUUUUCAUUUUUAAUUGUUUUUUUCGAAAUAAAUUUAUAGUUUGAGGAUUUCAACAUUAUUGACUUUUGAUUUGUUUACGUUUAUUGGUAAGUGGUACGGUCAUAUGAGCACAUGGAUCACAUGUACGUCAAGCCCACGUGUGUGAGUGCAAGCCAGGAAGAUGUCGCUAGAGUACGGUACGCCAUUCACGCCAUGACAAAACAUUUUUGUUACAUAUUCCUCUAUACCUUUACUCCUGUAAAAAUUACCUUUACUCCUGUAAAAAUAUAAGCUAAAGCUUCCUUAGGCUUAGUUCAUUUGACACAACACCUUCUCGUGAAUAACCACGUUGUUUUAAAGACAAUUGGGCUGUUGGUGAUAUGACGACGAAUUUUAUUCAUUAUUUACAUCAUACGUGUACUGUGAUAUACAUUUAUAUAUAAUCAUUUGAUUAUUAGUCAUUGUGUCAGUUUGGUAUCUGUUGUUGCAAUUGCACUUAUUGUGAUUACAAAAAAAAAUGGAAUUACCACACAUUGGAAAACAUUGUUCAGAAAAAACCUGUAACCGACUGGAUUUUUUACCAAUGAAAUGUGAUGCCUGUGAGGAAUCGUUCUGCAGUUAUCACGUAACAUAUUUAAGUCACUCAUGUCCAAGUGCGUAUAAAAAAGAUUUCCAAGUACCAGUCUGUCCAUUAUGCCACGUUCCAAUACCAAUAAAACGUGGUGAUACACCAGACAUUGCCGUUGGAUUGCACAUUGAUAAUCAAUGCGAGUCGGAUUUAAGUAACGCCAAGAAAAAAGUCUUCGUUAAUAAAUGCUCUAGUAAGGGUUGUAAAAUAAAAGAAAUAAUUCGAGUAGAUUGCAAGGACUGUGGGAUGAAUUUCUGUCUGAAACACCGGCAUCCGGUCGACCACAACUGCAUCGGUCAUGAAGAGGCUGUGAGAUUGAAGCGGUUGGAGGCUUUGAAGAAGAAAGCCAAGCAGCAGAGCAGUUCUGGGAGCGGUAGUAAUAGUAAUAGACAAGUGACAAAUGGACAAGCAUUCCGUAAUAUCCAGGGAGGUAUGAGCGAAGACGAAGCUUUGGCAAGAGCUCUCCAAGCUUCUCUGCAAGAUGAAGAUAACAAUCGUCGGCAACAACCAUUACAUACUGUGCCUUCCGGAAAUCGCAAUUUAUGCAGGCUAGCAUAAUUGUUAGUUUAUAUUUUUUAAAGCAUAAUCACAACGAUUUAUAUAUAUUGUUUUUAAUUGAAAUACCACGGUGUCUUCACAAUUAAUUAAGUUUUAUUCUUGUUAUUUUUAAACGACAAUCGCAUCUCUGUCACUCUGAUGCUGUUAAAUUUUUAUAAUAAGCUUUUGAAUCUAUAUUCAAAUUUUAUUAGUCCAUUGUCAAAUGUUGCUCCAUUUGAUGUAAGGUCAAUUUUUAAAAUAUUAUAACUUGUAAAGUUAAUUAUAAAUCUAGACAAAAAUGGCGACUUUUAUACUCUAUCUGCAAUUUUUAAAAAAUAAAUAUUUAUAUUCUCUCGUCGCUUGUUUACACUGCAAUUUACUUUUUUUCUCAAUUAUUUUUAUGUAUUUUUAAAAUUGCCAAAUAUUCUAAGUACAAUUGUCUGAAAUUCCAUGCGAUCACUCAAUCAACAUCUGUAAUUUUAAAUUUAAUAAAUAUUUAUUAUCAAAGUA